AUGGCCUCCGGCAGCAGGUUUAACUAUACCAACCGCGAUGAGGAGUCCCUGCCGCCACAGGACCAGUCCUACCUGGGUUUCAACGACAACUAUGGAUUUGGCGACAUCAUGCCAGAGCAGGGCCUGCCGCCCGCCGACCUGGAAGGCCGCCUGUCGAAUGUCAUGCUGACCUACGACUCCAUGCCCAGCACCGGCGCGUCGAUGCCGGUGAGCAUGGAUGCUGGCCACUCCUUCGCCUACUGCUCCUACCCAGACACCACCAUUGGCAUGCCGCCCCAGCUGGACCAGGCCCAACUCCUUCCCGAUUUUACGCCCUUUUCUCAGGGAAUCCAACCGCAGGUCGGUCAGUAUAUGUUGCAACCUGGCGCGGCCGGUCCGCCCCAGCGACGCAACGAGCUCUACAAUGAUGGCAACAAUUCUUCCGGUAGUAACCUCGACGACUCGGACUUCUCUCGAUCUAGUGAUCGGUCCCAGGCCCAGCCGCAUACUUCCCAUCGUGCCCUUCAGGCCCGCCAGGCACGUCCACUCCAGCCAUCUUCGUCAGCCCCAUAUCGCCCAUUACAGCCGGUUGCUAUCCAGCCCAAGAAGCCACCUGCCGUCAAAGCUGAGGACCCCUCGCCGGGCCUAGAAAAGCCUGCUUCCAAAAAGACAGAGCACACCGGCAUUUAUUCCAGCAGCGGAUUUGAUGUCCUGGGUGCUUUGGGCCGAGUGGCCAUGCGUCCCAACCCCAAAAUCAAUAUUGGUGCCGUCGAUCUCUCGUGCGCCUUUGUGAUGUGCGACAUUCUGCGCGAGGACCAUCCGAUUGUGUAUGUGUCUGAAGCAUUUGAGCGGCUUACCGGCUACACCAAGGAAGAGAUCGUGAACCGGAACUGCCGCUUUUUGCAAGGGCCCGAUGGCAAAGUCACUGCCGGCGCGAAGCGCUCCUUUACCGAUGGCCAGACUGUUUUUCGAUUGCGGUCGACUAUUGAGGAACGCACCGAGAUCCAGGCUAGCAUUAUCAAUUACCGCAAGGGCGGACAGCCAUUCAUGAAUCUCAUCACUAUGAUUCCGAUCCCGUGGGAUUCAGACGAAUACCGCUUCUACGUCGGGUUCCAAGUCGAUCUGGUUGAGAAGCCCGACGCUGUGACGCGGAGAAAUCCUGAUGGCACCUAUAGCAUCAACUAUCAACGCGACCAACUACCCCAAUAUGUGGUUCCCCCGGACGUAUACCGAACUCAGCCAGACCUCGUCGCCAGGUUCGGUCAUGAUGAUGUGACGGCAAUCCUCAAUGCUGUGAGCGUCGCUGGGCCUGAGGCCUCCCGGCAGUACCUGGACUGGAUCCUGGUCGAAAAUACAGACGACGUGAUCCACGUACUGUCUUUCAACGGCGAAUUCCUAUAUCUGUCACCCUCCUGCAAGCGGAUUCUGGAGUAUGACCCUGUCGAACUGAUCGGCAAGACACUGUCGACUAUCUGCCACCCCAGCGAUAUUGGACCCGUGAGCCGCGACAUGCGUGCCAGCACGACGACCGCGCCUAUCAGCAUUGUGUACCGCGUUCGACAGAAGCAUCGUGGAUACAUGUGGUUCGAGAGCCACGGGGCGUGGCACAUCGACCCAAACCAGGGGCGGAAGUACCUAGUGAUGACCGGGCGGCCGCGACCCGUGUACUCUCUUGAUCAACUUGCCCGCCAUGGUUUUUCGACUGCCCUGGCCGAGAACGACAUCUGGGCCAAGGUCUCACUGUCCGGCUUCAUUCUGUUCGUCACAUCCAAAGCCAAGCCAGUGCUUGGCCGCUCGCCGGAUGACCUGAUCGGGAAGGGACUGCAAGAGCUCAUGGAGUCCGAGGACGGGCCUGACGCGAUCAAAAAUGCCCUGGAGGCAGCAGCGCGAGGGCAAUCCGGCACUAACGAACCUCCGCCGUCUUUCCGCCACCAGAUGCGCCACAAAAAGGGACACAACCUAUCUGCGCACACGACCUUGUACGCAGGCGACACUGCACUAGGAACGAAACCGACGUUCCUCGUCGCACAAAUCCGAUUCGCCCGCUCUCUACCAUCGGCCACCGAAGACGAAAACCUAACCACCGUCCCCGGCACAGACAAAAUCACCUCUCUUACCACAAACAAUCCGAACCCACCUCGCCAAUACGGUACACUCGGCCAACGCAUGCCCGAUCUCUCGACCUUGAUCGGCCUCAAUGGACUACCGACUGGCAACCGCAGCGUUUCGCCCUCCAACGAACCAGCGAUGUUCUUCACAGAGCUCAACCCGAGGCGCGGAUCGAGCUGGCAGAUCGAGCUGCGUGAGCUGGAGAAGCAGAAUCGCGGGCUGGCGGAUGAGUUGCAACGUCUGCUGAAUCGACGCAAAAAGCGCAAACGCAAGCAAUCCGCCAUCAGCGUUGAAAAGGCGUGCGCGAUCUGUCGGACGAAGAAUACGCCCGAGUGGCGGAGGGGUCCAAGUGGGGAUCGGGAUUUGUGUAAUAGUUGUGGAUUGAGAUGGGCGAAGCAGAACCGUAGUCAGCAGCAGCAGCAACAACAACAACAAGGGCAGGCGAGCCAAGGACAGGCUCCUGCUGCUGCUGGUAGUAGUAGUAGUGAGGGAAGAUAA